GAGGGCUUUGCUUUUUCUCACUGUACAGAAUGCAGAGCUGUCUUUAUAUUACGAGCAAAUGUCCCAAAACAUCGAUGGUGGUUGAGGUUGAAAUUUCAGUUCCUUGUUGCAAGGGAUCAUGCAUUCAUUUUCAUCAUUGUUCAAUUGGUUGUUGCUUUCUUGGGAGUACUUAUAUACAAAUUCUAUGGAGAUGAACUUAGAGAAAUGUUUGGCUAUGAAGAACAUCCAUAUGUAUUUUAUACAAUGGCUGUUCUCGCCAUUAUUUUGGUGAGUUUACUCUAUGGCUUCUUCAUAGCAAUAAUAUGCGGCCAAAGAAUCAAUGAACGCCACUACCAUGUUCUUGCCAAACAGGAAUUGACAAAGGAAUAUGUGGUAGAAGAUCGAGAACAUGUAAAGAAUGUGCCUGAACUUGAUCCCAGCCAUGUGACAGAACUAAGGAUGUUGGGCCUUUACUAGUCGGUAUAUGCAUAUCCCAUUCUUUCUCGUUAAAGUUUCUGGUCUUCCUUUUUUAGAUGUUAUAUUAUAAACAGUCUAAAGAAAAAAGAGAGGCCAAAGAAAUUAUGGGCAAAACCAUUAAAAGAUAUCUAGAAUUAAGUAGACUAUGUGUAAACUUAGUUCCUUAUAAAAUAUUAUGAUGUCAUUUGAUCCAUGCAGCUUACUCCACCCAGUGGAAAAGAUUUGACUGUUGUUGUAAGUUUGAGAGUUUCUGGAUCUAUUAUCCUUGUAUGAACCUAUUUAUAGCAAUCUUUGGAAGGUAAAUAUUGCAUGUUUUUUGUUUC